AUGCCGCGUCUUCUCCUGCUACUCGCACUUCUGACCCCUAUAUGCGGUCUUGCCUUGUAUCUCGCGCCUUACGCGAGGAGCCAGGAUGUGCCUUUCAAGUUGUAUUCACUCUUCGCGACUACAUUUGACCGGAAGCCGACGCACUCUCCUGAUGUGGGGCUUCUGUUCGAAGCAGGGGCACGCGAAUUCAGGCGCAAGAUUGUCGCUGUCGGCGACCUACAUGGCGACAUGCCUAAUGCUCAGACAGUCCUGGAGAUGGCAGGGGUUGUCGACUCAGGAGGGCACUGGACGGGAGAUGUUGAUUUGUUCGUGCAGACGGGCGACAUCAUAGACCGAGGAGACGACACAAUUAAGCUGUACCACUGGAUGGACCAGCUACGCGACGAAGCGCAAGCUGCAGGCGGAAUGGUCCUCUCGCAUCUGGGGAACCAUGAGUGGAUGAACGUCAUCGGUAUGUCUUCUCUAUAUGUAUUUCCUUCCGAGAUAAAGACCUUCGGCUCCAUCGCUAAGCGCCAGAAGAUGCUCUCGAGCGGGUCCAUCGGCAAGAGUUGGGCCGCCAACUACACGGUCACCAGCCGCGUGCCGUUGCAUCCUGCUCUCGGCCCACCCAACACGGACUACGACCCCGCCCUCGCACGCUCCCCGCUCUCGCACGCUGCGCUCUCCUUCGUGCACGGCGGGCUCGCGCCGUCCUACCCCGACCUGACGCCGUUCCCGUCGCGCAUCAAUGCGCUCGGCCACUCGCUCUUGCACAAGCUCCAGGCGCGCGACCCACCUCCGCCGCAUCCCCCGCACCCGUACCCCGGCCUGCCGGAGGAUGCGACGCCGUCAGAGCACAGAUUGUAUGCUACAGACGGGCCGCUGUGGUAUCGCGGGUGGGCGGUGGACCCGGAGGCGGAGGUGUGUGCCAAGGUAGACGAGGUGCUGGAGAAGACCGGCACGCGGCGGAUGGUCAUGGGGCACACACCGGACUUCGAACGGAUCGUUUCGCGAUGUGGUGGGAAGAUCGUCAUCAUAGACACAGGGAUCUGCCAUGCCUAUGGCGGAGUGCUCUCCGCGUUGUCGAUUGACUACACUCUGACGCCCACGUCAGAGCGUGGAUGGCGAGAGCGCGAGGUCGUGACCGCGGUUUACAAGCAUAGAAGAGAGAUUCUCGCAGAUGAUGUGCGGGAACUCCAAGGUGAUUUUUCAAUGAAUUGA